AUGCCUCAGUGCAAUUUUUGUAGUGACUCUUUUUUUAAAGUAAAUGCUUUAAUUACACAUUUAAAAAUUAUUCAUAGAUGUGAAGAAUAUGGAGUUUUUGUUUGUGGGGAAAAAGAGUGUCAUAGACAUUUUCCAUGUUUAAAAACCUUUAGAAAACAUUUAAAAUCACACGAAUCAUUGUCUAAUAGCCAAAUGGUUUCUAGUAAUGAUUCAUUGUCUAAUUUCUCGACAGUUUCUAACAUUAACGAAGCAUGUUACAUGUCUGUUAAUUGUUCACCCUCUUUAUCAAAUAGCAUCAACGAAACCUCAUUGAUUGAAUCGCGAGUAUUUAUUAGAGAUGCUGCCUUUAAUGAGUUUAAAGAAAAAAUGACUGAAAAUAAUAUCAAUUUCAUAUGUGAUUUAUAUUCAGAAAAAACUUUGUGUAGAAAAGAUGUUCAAAAAAUUAUAGAAAAAGUAACUGUGUUAUUAUUAGAUCCAUUAAAUAUGUUUAAAAAUAAUCUAGGAAAUAUCUUGAAAAAUCAUUCAGUUUCCGAAUCCGAUAAAUUUGAAAUAAAUAAAUAUUUUGUCGAACUUGAAAAUAUAUUUGAAGGUUUUCACAGUGAAUAUCUCAGGUUUGCACAUCUAGAAAAUUUAGGAGUUUUUAUUAAACCUUUAGAAUUUACAGUUGGGGAGCGUUUAGAAAAAAACAAAAAUGGUAUUCUUAUUACAAAGAAAUAUACUGCUCAGUUUAUUUCAUUAAAAAAUGUGUUACAGUCAUUUUUUUCAUUGUCUAAUGUUUUGUCUGAAACAUUGCAAUAUUUAAAAUAUUUAAAGACUCAGAAAAUAAUUCUUAAUAUAGUUCAAACAGAAAAUUGGAAAAACAAAAUAUCAAAUUUCAAGUGUAGUGAUAUUGUUCUACCACUCUUUUUGUAUUAUGAUGAUUAUGAAAUAGGAAAUCCAUUGGGGUCUCAUUCAGGCAUACAUAAAAUUGGGGCCAUAUAUUAUUCAGUUGCUUGCUUGCCACCAUCAGUACAAUCACGUCUGGACAAUAUUUUUAUUGGAAUGCUAUUUCACAGUUCAGAUCUAAAGGAAUUUGGAGAAAAAAUAAUGUUUUCAAAAUUAGUUGACGAGUUAAAUACAUUAUCAAAGAAAGGCAUUUCAGUAGCAAUAAAUAAUACUAAUGUACAUAUAUAUUUCUGUGUAGCUCUCUUUUGUGGUGACAAUUUAGCUCUAAAUUCUCUAUUUGGUUUUCAAGAAAGUUUUGUAGCUAAUUCUUUUUGUAGAUUGUGUAAAAGUUGGAAAUCUGAUACACAAAAAGAUGUGGUUGAAAAUAUUUUUUUGCUGAGAAAUAAAACAAAUUAUUCUUCUGACUUAUUAAUAAACAAUGCCUAUUUAACUGGCAUACGAUUUAAUCCUAUACUCAAUAAUAUAGAACUAUUUCAUGUUACUGAAAAUUAUAGUGUCGAUAUUACACAUGACAUAUUUGAAGGGGUAGGAAAUUAUAUAAUGUCAUAUUUGCUUUUUGAAUUUAUUAUUGUGUCAAAAUUUUUUAGCAUAGAUAUUCUUAACACUAGGUUAAAAUACUUUGAAUUUGAUUCUGGGCAUAAUAAACCCCCUCUUAUUACAAUCGAAAAUGUAAAAAAUAAGCACCUAAGAAUGUCUGCUGCGGAAAUGAAAUGUUUUAUCCUAAAUGCGGGUUUAAUUUUUGGUGAUUUGAUUCCAGAAGGUAAUAAAUUUUGGCGUCUUUAUACAUUGUUAAGAAAAAUACUUGAAAUUGUAUUAUCUGAUUUUGUUAUGCCUGACAUGUAUGUCAAAUUAGGAGAGUUGGUCCGUGAGCAUCAUUUUUUAUACAAACAGUUGUUUGGAAAUUUAAAACCAAAAUUUCAUUUUAUGGUCCAUUAUCCAUUAGUUUUAAAAAAAUGUGGCCCUUUAGGUAAAAUUUCAACCAUUCGUUAUGAGGCAAAACAUCGAAAUUCUAAAUUAUCAGGAAAUGUUGUGGCUUCUCGAGUAAAUAUUUCCUACACUUUAGCUAUAAAACAUCAACUACAGUUAGGUAACAGAUUAUUAAGAAAAUCUGAAUUGUGUACUGAUAAUGAGAUACCAACCUGUCAAAAAAAUCAUAGAGUGCAUGAUAUUGUCCCAGACUUUGACAAUGUUGUUAAAAAUUCUGCUUUGUUAAUAAAAGAUGAAACAAUACCAAAUCGUUUUUUACAGUUUGUUGCUAAGGUAAAGAGGGUUACAGUAAAAAAUAAGGUAUUUAAAAUGCAAGAUGUAUUUUCAUUUAAUAUUGAAAAUCGGACUUUUGGUUAUUUAGAAUUGAUAAUUGUUAAUAGAGAUAACCAAAUUUGUUUUAUAUUUGAAGAAAUGGAAGUAUUGUCUUUUAAUGAACAUUGCUUUUCUCUACAUUUAAAUAAUACUAAGAAAAGAAAAAGUCUGUUUCUAGAUGACAAUCUUGUUAUAAAUAUUCACAAAAUACAAUUAAAAGACAAUAAAAAUUUUAUUUCACUGUUUUAA